UUGAAACGUGGUAAAAGAUCGUCAUCCUCCGACGGGGAGCGGGACGGAGGUGCCUUUCUUCCUCUCUGUAGGAAAAUGAACAUGCUUCUUUUGCAGCCGCCGCCGCCGCCGUUAUCCACUCGCUUGCCGCCCGCUCGCUUCAGUUUUCCGAUUCUCAGCCACCAUCGCCUCCUCCAGCGGCCCCCAUUUUCGGCCUCCCUAACCAACGCCGUCGCAUCCAAUUCGCCGGUCUGCAAACACCUCGACGGCGACGACGACGUCGCUUCUCUUCGAAACCGUCGAUACGACUUUGCGCCGCUCCUCCAAUUCUUGAGCACGGUGGCCUCGGAUUUCGACUCAACUUCGCCGGACUCACUGGAGCCCUCCGAGCUCCGGCUCGCCGAGGCCUACCGGGCGGUGCCGAGCCCGCUCUGGCACUCGCUUCUUAAAUCCCUCUGCUCAUCGUCGUCCACGAUUCCGAAUGCUUACGCGCUCGUCACUUGGCUGCAAAAGCACAACCUCUGUUUCUCGUACGAAUUGCUCUACUCGAUUCUCAUUCACGCGCUUGGACGCUCCGAGAAGCUUUACGAAGCGUUCUUGCUAUCUCAGCGGCAGGCCUUAACUCCACUGACUUAUAACGCCCUAAUUGGGGCUUGCGCCCGCAACGACGAUCUCGAGAAGGCGCUCAAUUUGAUGUCUCGGAUGCGUCGCGAUGGAUACCAACCCGAUUUCGUUAACUACAGCUUGGUUAUUCAGUCGCUUACUCGAAGUAACGAGAUUGAUUCGGUAUUGCUGGUGAAGCUGUACGAGGAAAUUGAGGCAGAUAAGAUUGAGCUCGAUGGGCAGUUGCUAAAUGACAUAAUUGUAGGGUUUGCGAAGGCUGGUGAUGCGAAUCGAGCCAUGUUCUUCUUGGCUAUGAUUCAAGGGAAUGGGUUGAGCCCAAGAACUGCAACUAUUGUUGCAGUAAUAUCGGCAUUGGGGAAUUCUGGGAGGACAGUGGAGGCAGAGGCUAUUUUUGAGGAGUUGAGGGAUGGUGGAUUGAAGCCUAGAACACGAGCUUACAAUGCCCUGCUUAAAGGAUAUGUGAAGAGUGGAUCUUUGAGAGAUGCUGAGUCAAUUGUAUCUGAAAUGGAAAGAAGUGGGGUGUCUCCUGAUGAGCAAACUUACAGUCUUCUUAUCGAUGCUUAUGUGAAUGCAGGCCGGUGGGAGAGCGCGAGAAUUGUGCUGAAGGAAAUGGAAGCUAGCAAUGUGCAGCCCAAUUCGUAUGUUUUUAGCAGGAUUUUGGCAGGUUAUCGUGACAGAGGUGAGUGGCAAAGAUCAUUUCAAGUUCUAAAAGAAAUGAGGAAUAGCGGGGUGCGCCCUGACAGGCAUUUUUACAAUGUCAUGAUUGAUGCUUUUGGGAAGUAUAAUUGUCUUGAUCAUGCCAUGGCCACAUUUGAGAGGAUGAGAUCAGAGGGGAUUCAGCCCGAUAGUGUCACUUGGAACACUCUUAUAGAUUGUCAUACUAAGUUAGGGCAUCAUAAGAAAGCAGAGGAACUGUUUGAGGAAAUGCAGGAAAGUGGAUGCUUACCUUGCACCACCACUUAUAAUAUAAUGAUCAAUUCUUUUGGGAAGCAGGAGAGAUGGGGGGAAGUCAAGAGCUUGAUGGGGAAAAUGCAGGGUCAGGGGUUGCUGCCCAAUGUUGUUACUUACACCACACUUGUCGAUAUUUAUGGUCAAUCGGGCAGAUUUAAUGAAGCUGUUGAUUGCUUGGAGGACAUGAAGUCUGCAGGGUUAAAACCAUCCUCAACCAUGUACAAUGCCUUGAUUAAUGCUUACGCACAGAGGGGCUUGUCCGAGCAAGCAGUACAUACAUUUAGGGUCAUGAGAUCUGAUGGUCUGAAGCCAAGUAAUUUGGCUCUCAAUUCCUUGAUCAAUGCAUUUGGUGAGGACAGGAGGGAUGCUGAAGCCUUUGCUGUAUUGCAGUAUAUGAAAGAAAACGAAUUGAAACCAGAUGUAGUUACCUAUACUACCCUUAUGAAAGCUCUAAUCCGUGUGGAAAAGUUUGAUAAGGUUCCAUCUGUUUACGAAGAAAUGAUUUUGUCUGGCUGCACUCCAGACAGGAAAGCUAGAGCAAUGCUACGCUCUGCUCUGAGGUACAUGAAGCAGGCGCUGAGAUCAUAAGGACAAUCCCCGAGUCGUCCAGCUGGAAGCUCAAUGAUUAAACUACUAUGCCGGUGGUAGUUUUUUAUGGACAGAAGGUUGUUCUCAGAUGAAGGGGCAUUCUAUUCUAUCAGAGGAACUCCUAGUAUGAUGAUCUGGCAGGUCAAGAAUGAAGAAAAUUACCAAAGCUGAAGAUCUGAAAAUGGGGAAAGACUUGAAACAGGCUUCCCCACGCCCUCCAGCAAACACAAGAUAAAUGCUGUUACACAGUAUUUUUGCAAGCAUAAGAGCCCGUCUUUGUAUUAUAGUGCAUCAUUGUACCUGGAAAUAAAUGUUACAGAUUUUUGCAUUCAUUAAUCAUUGUGUAUUUAUUAUUACAUUGUCUAGUUGAACGCAAAAAUGUAGAAUAGAUGAUUAUUCUGCAUACCUAUAUAUGAAGGCAAAUCAUAGUAGCAAAGUAAAGUUAUUUCUUCGCGAUUAAAA